GCCGUGGCGCGAGGAAUUGUCGCCAUGGAGAACAGCGCGUGCCCCGAGCCGUGGAGCGUGAUGCCCGGCGUGGUGAAGACGGGCGCGCACCGCUACGAGGACGGCUCGCGCUACGUGGGCGACUGGAACCCGCGCGGCCAGAAGCACGGCAUGGGCCACCUCGCGCUGCCCGACGGCACGCGCUACGACGGCGGCUUCCACAACGGCCUGUGCUCGGGCCUCGGCGUCAUGUGCUUCCCCGACGGCGCCAAGUACGAAGGCGAGUUCAUGCAGGGCUGGUUCCACGGCCACGGGGUCUUCUGGCGCGCUGACGGCAUGAAGUUCGAGGGCGAGUUCAGAGGCGGCCGCAUCUGGGGAAACGGGCUGGUGACGUUCAGCGACGGCAGCCACGGCUUCCCGAGGAACGAGGGCUUCUUCCAGGACUGCCGGCUGGUGCGCAAGAGACGCUGCCUGGACGUGGUGCAGCGCGCGCAGAAGGUGGCGCUCAUGGCGCAGGCGCAGUGCGACAGGGCUUGA